GUAUCGCUGACGGACGCUGAUGCUAGAUAGCUAGCUAGCUAGCUAGCCUGAAACUUUCGGAAUUAUUAUUUCGUAGAUUUUUAUUUGUAAACAAUUUCAAAUGGAUAUAGAGGGUGGUACAUAUGAACCAGGAUUCGUUGGGAUCCGAUUUUGUCAAGAAUGCAACAACAUGUUGUAUCCCAAAGAAGACAAGGAGAAUCGCAUCCUGCUCUAUGCAUGCAGAAACUGUGACUAUCAACAAGAAGCAGACAACAGCUGCAUCUAUGUCAACAAGAUCACCCACGAGGUUGAUGAGCUGACUCAGAUCAUUGCAGAUGUGUCCCAGGAUCCAACGCUACCUCGGACAGAAGAUCACCCCUGCCCAAAGUGCGGCCACAAGGAGGCAGUGUUUUUCCAGUCUCACAGUAUGAAGGCUGAGGAUGCCAUGAGGCUGUACUAUGUCUGCACGGCCCCUCACUGUGGACACCGCUGGACGGAGUGAGGAAGAGGAGGACUGAUGUAUGCAUCCACAGUCUCUGCUGUUGCCCAACAGGCCACUAUGUCUCACUGGGGUUCACUGUGGCUUAAAUCAGAAAGACUGAUGGUUAUGUGGGUCUAAAAUAUUCUGCCAAAUCGGACAUUUUAUUUACAGGAAUACUAACUUUGUGUGUUAGUUCUUCAUCAUCUUGUUGGAGUGUACGUAGAGGCACUGCUAAGAUUUGUGUGGACCAUUUAAAUCCCAUUUAUUAUCUUGUGGAGGAACACCUGUUGGGACAUAAUUGUGUUAAUGUAUUGGCUCUAGUACUUUUUACAGGUAUUUGUAUUGUUAGUUUUUUUUAGAACUCAGAAAUUAAAAAAAGUCAAACUUU